AUCUACCACGAUCACCGUAGCAUUGUUCUGGUACCGAUCCCAGAAAAUGGAGGACAGUAACAUUAAACACAUCAGAGCACCCAGGAUGAAAAGAUGUCGAUUUGGAGCAACCAAGUGAUUUAAUCCGUGUAUCGUCGAGACACUCGCGAACUCCACGAAAUACUUUCCAACGUUAGACUUCGGAUUAAUCGUCCGCAUACCAACAUGCUUCGGAACAUCGGCUGGCACGGACUCUUUUUCCCUAAAUAACCGAAUUUAUUAUGAACGAGCGUGAAUUCGGCUUGAAAGAGUUCCGGGUCGUCCGGGAUGAACAGUGCAAUUACCACGGAAGAGUCUGAAGACACCGAUUGCACGAUGGCACGACACGAGUCAGAAUUGGAAGCAGAAGGACGAUAUGGAACAAGGAUAUAUCGAGGCUGUCGAAAACCGGAGGAGCGUCGAUCAUACCAUGACGUUGUAUCCAGCGAGUGUUGCUGCGAACAACUGCAGAGAUGCGAGCUGCAGGAGAUCGAAAGGAGGCCGAGAAGAAGAACGAAAAGUCAGGUGCGACGUCACGUGCUCUGUAAUCACCCGCAAGAACCGUGGAACUUGAUGGAAAGGGUCAAUUGUCCCCAAAACGUGGAUGCUACCUUAAACAAGUACCAACACCUCUUGAACCAAGAGACCAAGAAGUCGCAAGAUUUGUGUUCACACAAUCCUCAUUUGAGAAAAAGGCAAAUGAGCGUGCACCGACGUUUGCGCAAAGAACAGGAUCAGAUAUCUGCAAGAAAAUUCAUCGACUUCGACCCGAAUCCCAGAGUUUGCUGCGAGUACGAGCGGUCAAUGAAGGACAUACACGGCAGGGACAGCGAGAUCGAUGAGCAAUCGGAUGAUAAUUUUAAAAACCGUGAGGUGAUGAGAAGAAUUUUAGAGGACUUAGAUUAUGACUUCAGCAAGCAUUUACUGAAAAAUUAUAUGCAGCAGAAGGAACGGAUGUUAAGACCAGAAGCGUGUAUGUUGAGGCAGCACGCUGAGAAGGUCAAUAAAUUAGAGGCGAAGAAGUUCAGCGACGACGACAAUCGUGACCUGUCUCAAAGCAAGCUGAGGUUCGCUCUACCAGAUUACGAGAACUCGAAGGAGAUAGAUCUGAAGAACAUCGAGGAGGAAAAUCAGACGAGGAAGAAGCCUAACGCGAUACCGAAUAAACCUUUCACGAUGAAAAGCAACUUAAAAAGUAGUGGCUUGCCGAUUUUGCCGAAGAACAAGAUCGACGAUAUGGUACAUGUUCAUCUGCUCGUUUUUAAACAUUGCACUAAGUAUCUAUUCUUGCAGUUUGGACAGAAGAAUCUAGUCGAUCGUUUGCAGGAAGAAGACGCGCGAAAAGAGACGGAGGAUCGAUCUGUGAAUAAACGCAAACCGUCUAUUGUUAGACAGAAUUGUAAACCCAUCGAGGAAGUUAGCAGGAAGGAAACUAGAGAAGAAACGCCGUACGAUUUGAUCAUGAAGGACGAAGAGGAAGAGGAGAAUUCGAUCAGAAAGAACAUCUACGGCGGUGGAGAUCUUGAACUUCGCGCUACCAAAAGUCACAUUCUUAGUUUAAUCGAUAGGGCCAUCAGCAGCGAAUUCGGCAAGUUGUCCGAUCAGCAACAGAGCCCAGACUCGAGUCGGGGAAUUACGGGGCAAGAAAUUUGCAUAGAGAUAAUGCGUCAAUUGCACAGUAAUUGUUGUCAGUCGCUCGCGGAGGAUCUACUGAGUCAUCAAGAACCGUCGGCUGAUUGCAUAAAGCUGCUAAAAAUGCUUCGUUCGGAUCACAUGACUCACAUUCAGGAAGAGUUUCGGAAACUCUGCAAUCUGCAAAAAUUUCUGGAUACUUAUUCGCCGAGACAAUCGUCGCCCGCGUUUCAGUACCCGGCCGCGGGCGAACAACGGACUGAAGAGCGACAGCAACAACACGAAGAGAAACAAAAUUCUGGAACGAUUCCUUGAACAACGAUAAUAAAUUUUCCUCGAUAAAAAUUUGUUAAUUUUUUAUUU